UGCUGCACAGGAGCGAUGCCGUAUUCCGCACGCCCCGCUGCUGCAAUCCACCCCACCACCAGCACCCUUAUCUACAACUCGCCCCAUGGCUUCCUUCUCUCCCCCCUAUUCAGCAACGCCCACCCACGGCCGUUCCCAGCUCCGCCCCUCCUCUCCCCGCCGGACCACAUCUCGUCCUCUCCCACCGGAGAAUGGAUCAUUGCAUAUCACCCACAUCCUCAGCACGGAGGGACCCUAGCCAUCUAUCCACAGUCGAUCCUCUCCCCGAAUGCCGCCCGUUCAUCAAUAACGCCCCUCGCUACUUUCCAAUUGUCCUCGAAACCGCUGGCCAUCUCCCAUCUGUAUCCCCCACGCACACAUCUUUCGCGGGCCAGGUCUCUUCCUCUGGGCCCCAGUCCGCCUGCGGGUCAUGACACGUCACGUGGUCCGACCUUUACCAUCCUUACGGCCUUUCAAGUUCUUCUGGUGCAUCCACAAGCCAUUCCACCUGGGAGUCUAGACGUCUCAUCAUCAUGGGUUAUGAGCUGUAUACAAACCUCCAUCUGGACGAUGGGCUUUUCUCAGGAUGGUAUGACAGGGCCACAAGAGAGCGGAACGCGCAUAGAGAGAGGGUGGAUGAGUUUGGUGGCCGGAAGCCGGGGCGUGUGGAUAGGGUACGAAGCGGAAGGAAAGGUGGGCGUGGUCAGGGCGGACGUAAACGUGAACGAGAACGGAAGCUAUCAUCUACAGACCACACGUUUGGCGUCUCUACCGUUCGUGGACCGCCCGCUACUCGAAGGCGCAGAGACCAGUGAUUGUCGAUCAGUGCUACAAGAUAUGGUAUUUGUUCACAUACCUAGAGAGAGACGGGAUGUAGAGCAAGGAGUGGAAACUGGAGAUGUCCGAAUGGAGGAUGAAGAGUCGUCUUUGUCUACAGAACGAGCGGGCGUAGUACUGGUUUAUCGAGACACUGUACUUGAUGACAUAGACUCGCUAUCGAGGACACGACUUGUCACUAUGGUCUUUGAACGGAGACUUCUCCAACUGGCUCCAGGGUUCAGCGAGAUGUCGGAUGCCAGCACCGAAGUGGGAGACUUGUGGGAUUGGUUCACGGCCCCACAUCCAUCACGGUCUGUUUGCAGUCCAGCCUGUACGACCAUACUCUUCCUCCACCCUCUAUCCUCUCUCCCACCCUAUACCAUUGCCCUCGCUAUUAUAUCCACUCCCAAUGGCCUCUCUAGAGUGCACCUCGACUUGGGCUCCGAUCAGUGGAAUUUGUUGAGCGAAUACAGGCUUGGGGACUUGCAAAGCGACGAUCUGAUCCUGCUGCCAAGUCAGGGAGUGGAAAGAGGACAUUUGGGACUUUGUGCAGUCGUUGGAAGAGAGCGUCUCCAGUUGGGUGCCGUCAGAACGUUGAACGAUCAAACAAUGAUUGGAGACCACAAGCCGGGAUCCAUGUCGCGUGAAGAGAGCCAAGCUGUUUCUGCCGCCACCAGCAUCAUUCUCGCUGAGCGGCAGGGGUCAGACUGGUCCGAUGUGAUCCGAGCUCUGACGGCAAUCGUUGAUCUGUCUUCCCAGAAUUCAUUUGUCAAUGACCUUUUGUGGCGGAUUUAUAUCUUGUCCGGAGAAGAAAGUGCCAUCGACCAGAUGGAUAUUCUAGGUCGGGUACAGGUCGCUCUGUUCAGCGCAUUCAGAGAUUCUCGUCUCGCGCUAUCUGCCGAUGUACUCCGCUUGCAUGUUGCAAGCGAGUUGCUCGAUCAGUGCGCGACUUUUGAAGAGGAUGGAAAGAUUACAUUCGACCUGGACUCGAUAUGGCCUCUGAUAUCUGUCCUUGACUGGUGUCUCUUUCUGAUAUCCAGCUCCAUGCGCCAAUCUCUCAUUUUCAGGGCCUCCUCGUCAAAACAUCCCACUGUUUCUCAAAACUUGAUAGAUCAUCCCCACACCUCAAUAUUUAUCCUCUUCCAUCCCACGCUUCGUUCACUCGUCAUCCGUAUUCUCUCCCAAUUACAUCAGUUCUGUCUUUUCCUAGCGACGCUCGGGAGACCAAUUUUGCAACCAGAGGCCGGCGGCACUGGAGGAGGAAGAAGGAGGGACCCUAUGGCGACAAUUGUGGCGAGAGAAAUGACCGGAGACUUGGCUACGAAGUGGGGAGUAGAUUUGGAAGGGUGGGGACAGGCAUUGGAGAAGAUGGGCGAGCUUGAUGAACUCUCAUCAGUGCAGACAUCUUUGACAUCACUAUCGGUGACACCGAUACAAGAGCACCUCCCAGCAUUCCUCGAGGCACUGUACGACUCCUCACUGCUCUUUACGAGCGCCGCAGCUGUGAAUUCCAGGGAUGAGCCCAUGGCGUUCGAUGCUCUCGAGUGGACACUGCUACCCCCUGUAUGGAAUGGAGAGGACAAGGGCACACAGAAAAUAAUUGUCAGGUGCAAUCGAUGCUCGAGUAGGACAGAGGCACUGGCGAGGAGCACAAGGGCCCAGGACGCGCUUACCAGCCCCUGGAUUAGAUGGAAGACGGCGUCUACUGUGCAUUGUUUCUGUGGGGGAGCAUGGAUAAGAUCAGAAGUGGUGGCCUGAUUAUGUCUGGACAUCUUGAUGCAUUCGUGCCCCCCCCCCCCCCCCCCCCCCC